CGAGACACUGCGAGAAGAUAAGUUGAGGGAACAUGGCGACGCUGCUAAAGAACAAAGGCUCCCUCCAGUUUGAGGACAAGUGGGACCUGAUGCGGCCCAUCGUGCUCAAGCUGCUGAGGCAGGAGUCUGUCACCAAACAGCAGUGGUUCGACCUCUUCUCCGACGUCCAUGCAGUCUGCCUGUGGGAUGACAAAGGCCCAGCCAAGAUCCACCAGGCCCUUAAAGAGGACAUCUUAGACUUCAUCAAACAAGCACAAGCUCGCGUGUUGAGUCACCAGGACGACACUGCGCUGUUGAAGGCCUACAUCGUGGAGUGGAGGAAGUUUUUCACACAGUGUGACAUCCUGCCCAAGCCCUUCUGCCAGCUGGAGAUCACACUGAUGGGCAAGCAGGGCAGCAACAAAAAGUCCAACGUGGAGGAUAGCAUCGUCCGCAAGCUCAUGCUAGACACAUGGAAUGAGUCCAUCUUCUCCAAUAUCAAAAACCGGCUCCAGGACAGUGCCAUGAAGCUGGUGCAUGCAGAGAGGCUGGGAGAGGCCUUCGACUCCCAGCUGGUCAUUGGGGUGCGCGAGUCCUAUGUAAACCUGUGCUCCAACCCUGACGAUAAGCUCCAGAUCUACAGGGACAACUUUGAGAAGGCCUACAUGGACUCCACUGAGAGGUUCUACAGAACACAGGCACCGGCCUAUCUCCAGCAGAACGGGGUCCAGAACUACAUGAAAUAUGCCGACUCAAAGCUCAGGGAAGAGGAGAAGAGGGCACUGCGGUACCUGGAGACCAGACGGGACUGUAACUCUGUACAAGCACUGAUGGAGUGCUGUGUGAACGCCCUGGUGACGUCCUUCAAAGAGACAAUCCUAGCUGAGUGUCCUGGGAUGAUCAAGCGAAACGAGACAGAGAGUGAGUACGGCAGGAGCAGCCCACCCAAAGGCUCCGCCAGCUCAGAGCUGCACCUGAUGUUCUCACUGAUGGACAAAGUGCCCAGUGGGAUCGAGCCCAUGCUGAAGGAUCUGGAGGAGCACAUCAUGAGCGCAGGGCUGGCUGACAUGGUGGCAUCUGCAGAGACCAUCACCUCGGACUCUGAGAAGUAUGUGGAGCAGCUGCUGACCCUGUUUAACCGCUUCAGCCGCCUGGUGAAGGAGGCCUUUCAGGACGACCCGCGCUUCCUCACGGCCAGAGACAAAGCAUACAAGGCAGUCGUGAAUGAUGCCACCAUAUUUAAACUGGAGCUACCUAUGAAACAGAAAGGUGUGGGACUAAAAACCCAGCCAGAGUCCAAGUGUCCCGAGCUGCUGGCUAACUACUGUGACAUGCUGCUACGGAAGACCCCCCUGAGCAAGAAACUCACGUCGGAGGAGAUUGAAGCCAAACUCAAGGAAGUGCUGCUGGUGCUGAAGUAUGUGCAGAACAAAGACGUGUUCAUGCGGUACCACAAAGCCCACCUGACCCGCCGCCUCAUCCUGGACAUCUCAGCGGACAGUGAGAUUGAAGAGAACAUGGUGGAGUGGCUCAGGGAGGUUGGGAUGCCUGCUGAUUAUGUCAACAAAUUAGCCCGAAUGUUCCAAGACAUCAAAGUGUCUGAAGACCUAAACCAGUCCUUCAAGGAGAUGCAUAAACACAACAAGCUAGCUCUACCAGCGGACUCGGUGAACAUAAAGAUCCUGAAUGCUGGCGCAUGGUCCCGGAGCAGCGAGAAGGUGUUUGUGUCUCUGCCCACAGAGCUGGAGGACCUGAUCCCAGAGGUGGAGGACUUCUAUAAGAAGAACCACAGUGGCCGCAAGCUGCACUGGCAUCACCUCAUGUCCAACGGCAUCAUCACGUUUAAGAACGAGGUGGGUCAGUACGACCUGGAGGUGACUACAUUCCAGCUGGCUGUGCUCUUCGCUUGGAACCAGAGGCCGCGAGAGAGAAUCAGCUUUGAAAACCUCAAGUUAGCCACAGAGCUGCCCGAUGCGGAGCUCCGGCGGACUCUAUGGUCCCUGGUCGCUUUUCCAAAACUAAAACGGCAAGUAUUGUGUUACGACCCAGUCGUCUCCUCACCCAAGGACUUUGCAGAGGGAACGCUGUUCUUUGUAAACCAAGAAUUUUCCCUUAUAAAAAACUCCAAAGUGCAGAAGCGUGGUAAAAUAAACCUGAUCGGGCGAUUGCAGCUGACCACGGAGAGGAUGAGAGAGGAAGAGAACGAAGGCAUCGUGCAACUGAGGAUACUGAGAACACAGGAGGCCAUCAUCCAGAUUAUGAAGAUGAGGAAACGUAUCAACAACGCGCAGCUGCAGACUGAGCUAGUGGAGAUCCUCAAGAACAUGUUUUUACCACAGAAGAAGAUGAUCAAGGAGCAGAUUGAGUGGCUCAUAGACCACAAGUACAUCAAGAGGGACGAGACUGAUAUAAACACCUUCAUCUACAUGGCAUAGCACAGCGUAGAUGGGACCACAGCCCGGGACUGUGCAGGGGAGCAGGUCUGACGGACACCAAAGGACUACCAGGCCGACCCCACCCGUCCUUUAUUUAAAACUACUUUGUUUUUCUCGCAGGGAGGCAUGACAAACUAUUUAAAAAUACUUCUUGCUUUAAUGUUGUACAAAAAAGAUGGCCGACGGAGUGUGCCCCAAGUGGAUGUUGGGAGAUCGGAGAAAGCCGUGUGUUUAUUUGCAAUAUCUCGACAAGUCAAGACACAAGGCCACAUAUUAUGCAAAAUAGACUUUUAUUCAGCUUUUAACCAUGCUGUGUUGUUGUCACCUCAUCUAAAACUUAACUGUAGUUGUAUUUUCUGAGCACUCAAAAGUGCUUCAUUCACAUUUUGUCAUUUUAGUUAUGUCAUAGAUAAAACUGCACUUCUACGCAGUUGUUAAGCCCAUAAAUCAUCACCAACUCAUUUUAUGGUCAAAUUGUGUUCACAACAAACACAUGGCUCUAUUAGCAGAGCAUUCACGGGGGAUAAGGACUAUUUAUUUUCCCAUUGUCCGUUCCCCUUGCUGACAGCAGAGGGAGCGCAAACGUUUAAAAGCCUCAUUACAUUUGGAAAAUAUAUUUUAUAAAUUCAUCUCCAUUUCCAGACAAAUUAGAAAAUGUGAAAUACUUAUUCCAAGGUGACCAAAAGCAUGUUUAAAAGGGAAUUAAAGGCACAAGAAUGAUGCAUCAUAUGUGUCCUUUAAAGAAAUCUACAGAACUUUUUCCAAAAAUCUCAAUUCCACCUGUUGAACAAUAUGUAUCUCACAUCUUGAGGAUUCUUGACCCUACACUGCA